AUGUUUUUUUCACGGCUGUUGAGCCUGGCUGCCAUUUUGGCAAAUCUAGGAGCUGCCGUGGAACUCACUGGUUAUGAAUAUGUCGUUGUGGGAUCAGGAGCUGGCGGAGGACCGCUGGCUGCCCGUCUCGCUCUUGCUGGCUACAAGACCCUAUUAAUUGAAGCUGGAGAUGACCAAGGACUUAACGCUAAUUAUACUGUACCUGCAUAUUCCGCCAAGGCAUCUGAAGAUGAGGGUCUCGCCUGGAACUUUUUCGUCCACCACUACGCAGAUGAACAGCGUCAGGCUCUGGACUACAAGACAACUUAUACCACCCCCGAUGGUGAAGAAUACACUGGACUCAACCCGCCAGAAGGCUCAAUAAUGAAAGGCACUCUGUACCCUCGUACGGGAACCCUUGGCGGCUGCACUGCUCACAACGCUUUGAUUACUGUCUAUCCGCACGAGUCCGACUUUGAAUAUAUCUCAACCCUCACCGGCGAUGGAUCCUGGUCACCGGAGAACAUGCGCAAGUACUUUGAGCGCUUGGAGAAUAACAAUUACCUUUUGCCUCUUAUCCCGGGUCACGGUUAUGACGGUUGGCUGAGCGACGAAGAAGCUCCUCUUGACCUUGUCCUAGAAGACCCUCAGCUGUUGAGUAUGGUCCUCGGUGGUGCCUUUGCCUUGGGCAACCAGACUAACGCCGUGUUCAAUCUCGCAACUGUCCUGGCUGCUGACGCCAAUCGGGAUUCCAAGUCCCGCGAUACCAAUCCAGGGUACUACCAGAUUCCUAUCGCUACCGAUGGCAACAAGCGCAACGGACCACGCGAGUUCCUUGUCAAGGUACGAGAUGCGAAGAAUGCGGAUGGAUCAAAGAAGUAUCCCCUCGAUAUUCGCACCAACUGCCACGCGACCAAGGUUACUUUCGAUGACUCCACCACGCCACGUGCUACCGGCGUGGAAUUCCUCGACGGCAGGUACCUUUACCGCGCAAGUCCUCGCUCCAGCACUGCUGGCAAAGGCAGUCCCGGUAGUGUCAUAGCCUCACGUGAGGUGGUUAUCGCUGGAGGUGUAUACAACUCGCCACAGCUGCUGAAGCUGAGUGGAAUUGGUCCUGCCGAUGAACUCCAAAAGUUUGGAAUUGAUGUUGUAAAAGACUUGCCUGGUGUGGGCACCAACCUGCAAGAUCACUACGAAACUGCGGUACAAGGCCAUCUGCCUCGGAAUUUCAGUGCUCUCGACGGGUGUAAUUUCGGUUUCGGGGGUGAGACAGAUCCGUGCCUGACCCGAUGGGAGAAUCCCGGCCUGGGUAACCGUGGUGUUUACUCUUCCCCAGGCUUCGUCAGCACUAUUUUCUACAAAAGUUCCGUUACGGCAGAUGAUAGCUACGAUGCGUUCAUCUUCGGCGGACCUAUCAAUUUCCGAGGCUACUUCCCCGGCUACAGCAUCAACAUCACCGAGCGCCAUGACUGGUACUCCUGGGCUAUUCUGAAGGCACACCCGCGCAACACUGCAGGCUCUGUGAAGCUCCUCUCUGCUGACCCACUCGAUAUGCCCCAGAUUGUCUUCAACUACUUCGACACCGGUAGCGGUGACUAUUCAAAGGACCUUGAGGCAAUCACGGAGGCAAUUCAUCUUGCCCGUGACGCAUUUUCUCGCCAGCUUGUCGAAGUCAAGGAAGUUCUUCCUGGAAAGGACAUCACCUCAACCGAAGAUAUCCAUGACUAUAUCAUGAACACGGCUUGGGGUCACCAUGCUUCAUGCACUUGUCCUAUUGGCCCCGAUGAGGAUCCAAUGGCGGUUCUUGACUCAAAGUUUCGAGUCCGUGGCGUGAAUGGCCUUCGUGUUGUGGAUGCUUCGGUGUACCCGCGUAUCCCCGGGACUUUCACCGCCCUGUCAACCUACAUGGUGGCGGAGAAGGCGGCAGAGGAUAUGGUGAAUGAUGCGAAAGCGAGCAACUAG